GGUGCGACCUCAACGUCACAUCCGUUUUUUCGAUGCUGAAUGUUGGAGUGCGAUGGCGGCGUGCCGGGGAUCCUCGUCGAAAUGGUUUUUCACCCGGGAGCAGCUCGAAACCACGCCGUCCCGCCGAUUUGGAGUAGAACCGGACCGAGAGCUCUCCUACCGACAACAAGCUGCGAAUCUGAUCCAAGAUAUGGGCCAGAGACUCAACGUUUCUCAAUUAACAAUAAAUACAGCUAUUGUUUACAUGCAUAGGUUUUAUAUGCACCACUCUUUCACCAAAUUCCAUAGGAAUAUCAUAUCUCCAACCACCCUAUUCCUGGCCGCGAAAGUGGAAGAGCAACCCCGAAAACUCGAGCAUGUCAUCAAAGUUGCACACGCUUGCCUAAAUCCUCAAGAACCACCUCUAGACACGAAGAGUAAUGCAUACCUCCAGCAAGCUCAAGAGCUGGUGAUACUUGAAUCCAUAGUGCUGCAGACCCUGGGCUUUGAAAUUACUAUUGAUCACCCACACACUGAUGUGGUGAAAUGUUCCCAGCUAGUGCGAGCAAGCAAGGAUCUGGCACAGACUUCCUAUUUCAUGGCUACCAACAGUCUGCACCUCACCACCUUCUGCCUCCAGUACAAACCAACCGUAAUCUCCUGCGUAUGCAUCCACCUUGCAUGCAAGUGGUCCAACUGGGAGAUCCCAGUUUCCACUGAUGGAAAACACUGGUGGGAGUACGUGGACAACUCUGUCACCCUCGAGCUGCUGGAUGAGUUGACCCACGAGUUUCUGCAGAUUCUGGAGAAGACGCCGAGCCGCUUAAAAAGGAUACGCAACUGGAGGGCAACACAAGCCGCCAAAAAGCCAAAGGGCGACAGCUCUCAGUUGACAGACAACCCGUUCCCUGGGCCUUCCAUGCUCCAAGAUCAUGGUGAUGGAACACUCUCUGCAACCACAGGUUUCUCAAAAGCCGGCGUUGCUUUCAGCGUGGCCAUGCCCGGCCAGUCCAGAGACGCACCCCUGUCCCUGGACGCUCUGGCCGGGACGUACAACCCGGCGAGCCACAGCGAGUGGCCCCUGGUCAACCAGAGCCAAGCAGGUUACCCUUCCACCUGCAUUAAACAGGAACCCCUCAGCAUCCCUCUCCAAGAUCCCGCCCUGUCCUUGCAGACCUCCGCUUCCUCCUUGCUUCAGAAUCCGCCGACAUUCAAGACUGAGAAAGCGCUGGACUUCAUCGCUGUCAAACAGGAACCAAAGGGGGGCGGCGGGAGCGGAGCGGGCAAGCAGUCGGCCUACGCUCCAUCCGCUCAGCCUCCCCCGCCCCCGCCGUCUCUAGCUCAGAAGCUGUCUCUGGACAAAUACAGAGAGAAACAUGCUGCGGAGCUGGCAGUCUCUGGGCACAAACGCAGUCAGGACCAGUAUUUGGGAAUAAUGGAUUUUGAUACCAGGGGAGAUAUGUUAUCUUCCUCUUCUACCUAUGCAUCAUCCACUUCUGUGAGCCACGUAGACCAUAGAAAGCAUUCGCAACCCCCCACCAACUCUGCCUCCCCGCUGAAAAUGAAAGUCCCCUCCUCCUCGACCUCAGGGCAAGAUAGGCGCCAUCACGGUGACAAGCGGGACAAAGGCUCGCUCAAGCUCCGCCUCGCCGUCCCCGGGUCUGGCGGCGGCCCCCAGCUGGAUCGAGGUGGCCAACCGAUCAAAGAUGAGCUUAAGAUGAAGAUAAAGGUCUCAUCGUCCGAGCGCCACAGCUCAUCGGAUGAGGGCGUGGCCAACAUUAUCAAGAGUAAACAUUCCAGCCCCGUGGUGAGUAAGGAGAAACACCACCGCGCAGCAGAUCAAAGCCUCCAUCGCCACCACAAGCACGGUCACUCGCACGCGCAUAGCGGGAACGGUGGGGCCGGCCCCCCUCUGCGGGGCCCCCCGGGACUGGUCGGCAUGGACGCGAUACUUCCCCCCGGAUCCGCCUCUUUGUCUUCGGCACGCAAGAGGGCGUACCUCGAGGCCGGCCACAACCACCACCCUUCCUCCUCAUUCUCCAAAGUGAGCAAAAUCUCCAAGGGUGGCACUGGUGCUGCAGGUGGGCUGCGGACCUCUCAGCAGUACCCUCCUCCUAGCGAAUCGCCACAUGAGGUGGGAGAGCAGAGACACUGAGUCCACCGCUCUGCAGCCAUGGCCCGCCCAUGGAAAUGGCAACAGGCUACCCAUACCGCUCAGACUAUGCUCACCUACGUGUUAAGUGCCCUAAGGAUAUGAUAAACCCUUUACCGAAAGGUGGAAUAAAAACUUAUCUUACCAUAAAGAAAGAUGAGUAUUGUUGGACAUCUCAAUUUCUAAGAGACAAGAAAGAUGGAAAGAAUUAUGCUUCCUGACUGUCAGAUCUCUGGGCCGAGGCGCUCAGGGCGCUCUGUCCGUUAGUGUUGAAUCGCUGCUUGGUUCUCCUUCCUCCUCCUCAGUCUAGGAACGUGCAAAAGUGUGUUACCACCACUGUGGGAACGUCUUCCCUGCAUUUGAGAUCUCCACAUGGGAAAAAAAGUAUUGCAAGUACUAUAAGAGGCAUGGAAUGUGCACCCUUUUGCAUUUGUCUUUGUCUGUCUUUUUUUUUUUUUAAGUAAUUUAAUUGAACCACAUUUCCACAGUUCUAUGGAGGAAGCCAGUGGCCAGCUGGAGAUGAGUUCAACAGUGUUUGCUGGCAUUCCAUUUAGUACGGUUUAUGGAUGCAUUUUUUUAUUUUUUAGGUGUAAAGUUUCAUCUCCUCAAUUUCUUUCUCGUUGUGAUUUCUUUUUAUACUUCAGUACUGUGCGUAUGAUUUGCAUGUUUCAAUCAUCAAAGGGAUUUAAAGGAAUGCGUACUUGCUGUUUACAGAGAGUGGAGAUAAAUGUACAUACGUUUUUGUAUGUUAAAAGAAAAGAAGAAAAAAAGCUAUACCAUGACUACUCAGGUUUGGAGCUGCUUGUAAGUAUAACAAGAUAAAUAUGAUACCUAUAAAA